CACCCUGUUGUGACGUACUCAACUUGUUUUGCAACGUAUAUAGCGGUGACCUCUCGGUGAUUUACACUGUAGUUUGUACACGUGUGAGAGAGAGUAAAUGACUGAGCAAAUAUAGAGUGUUGCUAUGGGUGGUGUCAGUGUCACCCCCCCACACGCAGGUCUCCCGGUUCCCGGCCUUCCUAUCACAGGCGGCCUCCUCCGCUGGCUCCACACAGCACCGCUCUCACAGACUCCUUCGAACCCAAUGGUAAGAGAUGAGACCAGCGCGUCUCAGCCAAUCAUAAAGAAGGAGUGAACGCGGUCCGUCUCUCUCAUUGGCUGCCGAGACUUGGGAAAGCCGGAGCGACCAGGCUGAGAUAGGAGAGAAGUGCUUGUAAAGAGGCGGCAGGGAGUCUGUCAAAUCAUCUGUCGUUUCCAUUUAUCCCCAAGUACUGUGGCAGCCCGCUUCCAUUAUCCUUAUAGAAUCCGCGUUCUUUCCUUCCUGUCGGAAACUGAAGUCUAUUUGCGGAACUGAACGGCGCUUAGUGCCAAUAUGCCAAGCCAGGUGAGAGGCAGAGAAGAAGAAGAUGACACUUGGGCAGAAGAUGCCACUUACCCGCCUCCUGCUCUCCUUCAGCGCCAGGCGCACGUCCCAGACUUCAGCACAUACACUGAGAUGUACAACCGAUCAGUACACAACCCACAAGAAUUCUGGUUGGAAGUUGCCUCUGGAUUCUACUGGAAAUCAUCCCCUUCAGGAAAAGUUCUGGACUAUAAUUUUGACAUAACGAAAGGCAAGAUUUUUGUGGAGUUUAUGAAAGGGGCAAAAACCAAUGUCUGUUACAAUGUCCUGGACAGGAAUGUCAUGGAGAAAAACCUGGGAGACAAGACAGCAUUUUUCUGGGAGGGCAAUUCACCAACUACCUCUUCUGUCAUCUCAUACUUGGAUCUACUGAAGCAAGUCUGCAAGUUUGCAAAUGUUUUAAUCAAAUUAGGGGUAAAGAAAGGGGACAGAGUGGCGAUUUACUUGCCAAUGAUUCCUGAGCUGGUAUAUGCCAUGUUGGCAUGUGCCCGAAUCGGAGCCGUUCAUUCAAUAGUAUUUGCAGGAUUUUCCUCGGAAUCCCUUUGCGAAAGGAUAUUGGACUCUCAAUGUGUUGUUCUUGUUACUGCAGAUGGGGUCUUCCGAGGAGAAAAGCCAAUAAACUUGAAACAAAUUGCAGACGAGGCACUACAAAAAUGCAAAGAAAAAAUGCACCAUGUGAAAAAUUGUGUUGUGGUAAAGCACCUCAAGGGAAGGCUGAACAAUCAAAAUGAAGGAAAAUUUCAGACAGCCUGGAAUUCAGAUGUAGACAGAUGGUUGGACGAACUGAUGGCAGAUGCUAGUGACGAGUGUGAACCAGAAUGGCUGGAUGCUGAAGAUCCACUUUUCAUCCUGUAUACAAGCGGCUCUACUGGAAAGCCAAAGGGAGUGUUACAUACAGUUGCAGGCUACCUUCUGUACACGGCUUUAACAUUCAAAUAUGUGUUUGAUUACCAUGAGGAUGAUAUUUACUGGAGCACAGCUGACAUUGGAUGGAUUACAGGCCACUCAUAUAUAGUCUAUGGACCAUUAGCCAAUGGAGCUACUAGUGUGAUGUUUGAAGGCAUUCCUACCUAUCCACAUGUGGGGAGAUUUUGGGAAAUCAUCCAGAAGUACAAAGUAAUCCAGUUUUACACUGCGCCGACUGCAAUCCGAUUGCUGAUGAAAUAUGGGAAUGAAGCUGUUGAAAAGUUUGACUUAAAUUCUCUGAAAAUUCUGGGUACGGUAGGAGAACCCAUAAAUUCUGAAGCAUGGCUGUGGUAUUACAAUGUAAUCGGCAAUCAGAGAUGUCCAAUUGUGGACACCUUUUGGCAAACGGAGACAGGUGGCCAUGUGGUAACUCCCUUGCCUGCCGCUACCCCUCUGAAACCUGGAUCAGCUACCUUUCCAUUUUUUGGAGUUGUCCCUGCUGUUCUGAAUGAACAUGGAAAGGAGUUAGAAGGGGAAGCCGAGGGCUACUUGGUAUUCAAGCAGCCAUGGCCAUCAAUAAUGAGAACUCUUUAUGGAAACCAUGAACGCUAUGAAAAUACCUACUUCAAAAAAUUCCCUGGGUAUUAUGUAGCGGGCGAUGGUUGCAGAAGGGAUAAAGAUGGCUACAUUUGGAUUACAGGAAGGAUUGAUGACAUGCUUAAUGUUUCAGGACACCUACUAAGCACAGCAGAGGUAGAGGCAGCCCUGACAGAGCACCCAGCAGUGGCAGAGGCUGCUGUUGUGAGCCGCCCACACCAGGUAAAGGGAGAAUGCAUCUACUGCUUCAUCAUUUUAAAAGACGGCAUGAAAUACACAGAACGGAUUGCAGAGGAGCUGAAGAAGCAAGUACGUGAAAAGAUUGGACCUAUUGCAACACCAGAUUUCAUCCAGAAUGCUCCUGGAUUGCCAAAAACACGAUCAGGAAAAAUAAUGCGACGUGUUCUCAGGCAAAUUGCUCGAAAUGAGAAGGAUUUGGGAGAUACAUCGACUCUCGCAGACCCAAGUAUUGUUGAAGUCUUAUUCAGUCAAAGAUGUGAAGCAGCAGCAUGAAGUUCUCUUAUCUGCAAAUAAACACGUUGGCCUGGACUGGACAACAUCGUGAAUUUCAGGGAAAAAUUCCUCAUUUUAAAGGAAGAUUACUUACAUUACACCUAUAGCCCUUUCCACGCAGUUCAAUGCAAACACACUGGGAUGCAAUUGCUAUAAUUGGAUACAACACAACGGUUGCUCAUCUUUUGGAAAUCUGAGGAUUGUCAGUGCUGAAGGGAAGAGAAAGCCUCCAUAUUUUUAAUGAAAGAAAACUUUCCUGCCAAUGAUUGUCUUGUCGUGUUUGUGUUACUAAAUACCUGCUCCCAGCACUCAGCAUAGUGACUAUACAGCUCAUCAUGGCUGCUUCUAUUCUUCUCUCCUAUUCAUUCAUUCUGUACUGCAAACCUUGCUUUAUUUUCCCCAAAAUGAGGUUGUAGGAUAGUGCCUACAAUACCAAGAAUUUUUAGUCGUCGCAAAAAAAAUCCUGGAGUUGCCCCCACCAAAGAAAAUGAUGGUUCUGCUCAUUUAUUUUUCCUCAAGUCAAGCUUCAUAUACUAACGUAGGGUCAAACUUGAAUGAGGGAUUAACUCAUAACAACUAGACCUGCUCAGGAUGAGCCCCCAGAACACUAUAAGGUUGUUGUGUGUUACCGCACUAAUAUGGAAGUUGUUUCCUAUAUGCUGUCAGCAGCCUAAGCCACACAAGCAAGAAAUUGCACAGAUGUCAAUGUGUAUUGGUAUCACGUCUAAAAUGAGGAAAAUGUUAACGGCCCUUAUUCAUCUGUAUUUGUGGAAUAGAACGAUGGCUGGGAAGGACAGAUAUCAAAUCACAGAAAUGUAUGUAAAUGCUUAGGGGGUUAUUUAUCAAGGUCCAAAUUUAUCUCAAUAUCGGCUGCUACAAACUCCGAUCUAACCCGCUCAGG